UACAAUAUAAAUUCUAAUGAUAGUUUAUUAUGUGAAUAGAAUCUACAUUCAUUGUUAUUAUAUGAAUAAUAAUCUAAGAUGAGUAUUUUAGCUGAGUGCCAUUCCUUGAUAAAACAAGGCUUGGAGGCUGACGAAGCAGGAAAUAAGGAUGAUGCAAUUAAAUUUUAUGUUCAAGCGGGAGAACUCUAUAUCACAAUUAGUGAUGCUGCCGUUAAAGAACAACUUAAAGGAAUUAUACAAAAUUGCAUCUCAAGAGCAGAAGAAUUAAAAGGUAUUCAACAUAAAGCACAAAAUAAUACACAAUCAAGUUCUAAUAGCUCAAGUCCAUCAACACCGGUUGGUAAUGCAGCAUCUCCAACAAGUCCCAUUAGACCGCCAUUACAUCGUGGAAGUAGUGCUCAUCUGAAAGUUUCGGGUGGACAAGAAACAUACGGGGAAGAUGAAAAAAAAGUAUUGAAACAUACAUCACAUAUAAAUCAAAAGAUUUACUUACCAUUUAUAGCAGAAGAUAUCAAUGAAACGUUUAACUUUCCAAUGCCUUUCUCUGAUCGUGAUGGUAUAUUAGAGCUAUCUCCAAAACAAAAACGUGAUUUUGUGAGAUGGUCAACUUUAUCAGAAUUGCACCCGGAACCGAGGAUUGUUUCUGGACAUCAAGUAAACUAUAUGGAUAUUAAACAAACUGUUGUUUCAGAUUGUUCUUUUGUGGCAUCCCUAGCAGUAGCUGCUCUGUAUGAACAGAGGUUUCAAAAGCGCUUAAUAACAUCUAUUUUAUAUCCAAGAAAUAAAAAUGAUGAACCAAGAUAUAAUCCAGAUGGAAAAUAUAUGGUUAAAUUGCAUGUAAAUGGAAUACCAAGAAAGGUUAUAAUAGAUGAUCGACUGCCUGUUGGCUAUGGAAACAGAUUGCUUUGCUCAUAUUCAAGUAAUACUGAAGAAUUCUGGGUUUCAUUAUUAGAAAAGGCAUAUAUGAAAGUAAUGGGAGGCUAUGAUUUUCCAGGAUCAAACAGCAAUAUAGAUUUGCAUGCACUAACAGGUUGGAUUCCAGAAAGAGUAGCAAUUCGUCCAGAAGAACAGGACUUCAAUGGUGAAUUAUUAUUUGCUAAAAUCAUGAGUGGCUUAGCUAGAGGCAAAGUUUUAGUCACUGUAGCAACUGGUGAAUUAUCAGAGGCAGAUCAAGACAGGACUGGUCUUGUAGCAACUCAUGCAUAUGCAGUAAUGGAUGCAGUUAAUGUUGAUGGAGUAAAUUUACUUAAACUAAAAAAUCCUUGGUCACAUUUGAGAUGGCGAGGUAACUACUCCGAAUUAGAUACAAUACAUUGGACACAAGAGUUACAGGAGCAAUUGAAUUAUGAUCCUAAUUUAGCUGCAAGACAUGAUAAUGGUAUAUUUUGGAUCGAUUAUACAAGUUUAUGUAACUUCUUUGAUGUGUUUUAUAUGAAUUGGAAUCCUGAAAUAUUUCAGUACACUUACUGCAUUCAUCAGACUUGGAAUGCUGGAGUUGGCCCAGCAAAGGAUGCUUAUACGGUGGGUGAAAAUCCACAGUUUAGUUUGAAUGUCAGUCAGGGUGUAGGUGAAAUUUGGGUUUUGCUUACGAGACAUAUAACAUCAAUAGAAGAUUUUCGGGAUAAUCAAGAAUAUAUAACAAUUCUUGUCUACAAAAACGAAGGAAAAAGGGUUUAUUAUCCAUCAAGUCCACCACCAUAUAUUGAUGGUGUAAGAAUCAACAGUCCACAUUACCUAUGCAAGAUCAGAAUGGACCCAGAACGUGCAAGAAAAUACACAUUGGUUAUUUCACAGUAUGAGAAAUCUACAACGAUAUAUUAUACUCUUAGAGCCUAUUCUAAAAGCCCAUUUCAAUUGUCAAAAAUACAACCAUUUCCAUAUACUAUUCAGGAAACAGGUGAAUGGAAUUGCCGAACUGCGGGUGGAUGUGCAAAUUAUCCUGCAACUUAUUUAAAUAAUCCAAAGUACCGACUUGAAUUAAAGAACAGAUUGGACCAUCAUAUGCUAAUAGAAUUGAGAGGACCCAGAGAGUAUCAAAUUGGUUUAGAAGUCACUAUUAUAUCACUAGAAAAUGAUAGUGUUAAUGCUCCAUUCAAAUCUCGUUCUACUGGUGCUUAUAGAUCAGGAUUUGUGGCUCUAGAUCUAGAGGAAUUACCAUCAGGUGUAUAUGAAAUAUUGCCAUCAACGUUUUAUCCGAACCAAGAAAGUCCCUUUUUUCUCACAGUGAAAUGCUCAAGUCCCGUAAAAUUUAUAAGAUAAUAUAAAUUUUAUUUUGCAUUUUAAUUAUAUCUAUUUUAAAGUAUACACAUUUUGCA